AUGAUCUACACUAUUGUACUGGCAAUCUUGUCAUCUCUAUCGUAUAUUGUCGCGGGGGCGCUAUUUGUGGGGAUCGUCAUUUUGGUGAUUAGAAAUGACUUGGUGUCCGCUGCGAUUGCCAGAGAGCUACAUCGUCAAAAUCCGCCGGUAGUUACAGUUGUCGACGCUGAUGGAGAAAACGACUAUUGGUCGAAUGCAGUCCGACGGCUGAUUUUCGAGACCGUGCCGCCUGUGGUAAGGAUCCAAAUGUUGAUAAACCUUUUGCAAAAGUUCAAGGCCGAACAACUGGAUCCAAUGGACAAGCGCCUCAAAACAGCCACCGUACGGAUGACCGGAAUGUUGGCCAAGUUACGCCGAGCACGAAUGGCCUACGAUUUUGAGGCAUUAGAAGUGAACGCAUUAUGUGCAUUAAGCACUCGUCAGACAAUGUCRAUCGGAACAAAUACAGAAGAUAGCAAGAAUUCAACAGUUUUUAUACCAAAGGUUGUUAAGGAACAAUCUGAAUCGUUGAAGAAAAAUGAUUCCAUAGUUGAGCCAUCAACUCAAUCGUUAUCAAAAAAAUCGUUGCAAGUCAGUGUAAAAUCCCGGUCGAGAUCAAUAUAUUCUGUUGAGCAAACUAACUCGGAAUCGKUAUCGAAAUCUUCGAGUUCUGUCAUUCCACUGAAACAAACAGAAUCACUUACCGAAACGCUUAAGGAACUCACAACGUCUCUUAUAUCAGUUAGUCUAUGGUUUAAAAAAGCCUUGACCUCUAACGUGUAUAGGAGGAAAGCUGUUGCAGCUUAUCAAGCGAUAAAUUCAAUAAUUAACUCCCAGUACAUAAAAAUAUGUUUUAAGUUCAUUUUCGAYAGUUUUGAUAAGAUUGUCAAGCUUUAUACACACAUAGACAUGGACAAUGAUGAAGUUACUUCAGUCAUGAUAAGAAUACCAGCAACGGAAAACGAUGAACAGUGA